CCCCUGCCCCUGCGCACCUCCUCCAUAAGAACCCCCCGGCCCGCUUCCUCCACACCAUCCUCAUCUCUCUCCGAUCGGAAAAUCAAGAAAUGGGUGUUUUUAGUGCGUUGUGCAUUCUGAUAAUCUCCGUUUCGUCACUCACAGGCGAGGCCAGAAUCCCGGGUGUUUACGGCGGCGGUCCAUGGCAGAGCGCUCACGCCACCUUCUACGGCGGCAGUGACGCCUCCGGGACUAUGGGCGGCGCGUGUGGGUACGGAAACCUGUACAGCCAGGGCUACGGGGUAAACACCGCCGCGUUGAGCACUGCUCUUUUCAACGACGGCUUGAGCUGCGGGGCCUGCUUUGAGAUCAAGUGUGCUAACGACAGGUCUUGCUUUUCCGGCAGCCCCUCCAUCUUCAUCACCGCCACCAACUUCUGCCCGCCGAAUUACGCUUUGCCCAACGACAAGGGCGGCUGGUGCAACCCUCCUCGCCCCCACUUCGACCUCUCCAUGCCCAUGUUUCUCAAAAUCGCCGAAUAUCGUGCCGGAAUCGUCCCCGUCGUUUACCGCCGAGUGGCAUGCAAAAAGAGGGGAGGAAUAAGAUUCACAAUUAACGGCCACCUCUUCUUCAACUUGGUGUUGAUCAGCAAUGUUGCUGGUGCUGGGGAUAUAGUAAAGGUGAGCGUGAAGGGCUCCAACACUGGUUGGAUAGGGAUGAGUCGCAACUGGGGUCAGAAUUGGGAAACAAGUGCAACUUUAGUCGGUCAAUCACUCUCGUUUAGGGUCAAAGGUAGUGAUAGACGCACCACUACCUCAUGGAACAUGGUACCAGCCAACUGGCAAUUCGGCCAAACUUAUGUUGGAAGGAAUUUUCGUAUUUAAAAGGAAAUUUUAUAUGGUAUCUAAAAUAAAAUUUAUGGAGUGAUCUUAUUGACGCUAAUUUGUGAAGUAUAUUGACUUUGUACUAAAGUAAAAGAGCUGAAGUGACUAUAAAAAAUAUAGUCCGCAGCAGAUAUUAUGAAAAAAAAUUAGUUGUGAAA